AGUCCCACCUGCAGGUGGUUUACUUCUUGCAGUCAGCAUGCCGACUCCUGAGGCUCCAGAAGAGAGGCUGAAAAAAUUCAAGUACCGUGGCAAAGAUGCAUCUGCAUUGCGACAGCAGCGCAUAGCGGUCAUACUGGAGCUCCGAAAGGCCAAGAAAGACGAGCAGUCCUUGAAGAGAAGGAAUAUCACCAAUGGUCCCCUCAACUCACCUUCUGAACAACAUGCCAAAGAGAACAGCUUCACCCUGCCUGAAAUAAUCAAUGGUGUGAAUGCCUCCGAUCCAGACCUGUGCCUACAGGCCACCCACGCGGCCAGGAAAAUGCUGUCCCGGGAAAGAAACCCUCCUCUGAAACUGAUUGUGGACUCGGGACUCAUCCCCAGGCUGGUGGAGUUCCUCAAGUUAUCAUUUCACCCUUGCUUGCAGUUUGAGGCAGCCUGGGUUCUGACCAACAUCGCAUCAGGGACCUCACAGCAGACCCGAGCGGUGGUGGAGGGGGGGGCCAUCCCGCCCCUGGUAGAGCUGCUGUCUUCCCCCAACAUGACUGUGUGUGAGCAGGCGGUGUGGGCUCUGGGGAAUGUUGCAGGAGACGGCUCAGAGUUCAGAGAUCUUGUCAUCGCGAGUGAUGCUAUCCCAUAUCUGCUGGCCCUGAUCUCAUCAACUACACCAAUCCCAUUUCUGCGCAACAUCACAUGGACCCUGUCUAACCUGUGCCGAAACAAGGACCCGUACCCCAGCAGGCAAGCAGUGACGCAGAUCCUGCCUGCCCUGUUCUACCUCCUGCAGCACCAGGACAGUGAGAUCCUCUCGGACACCUGCUGGGCCCUGUCCUACCUCACCGAUGGCUGUAACGAGCGCAUCGGCCAAGUGGUGGACACGGGGGUCCUGCCCCGGCUGGUGGAGCUCUUGAACAGCUCAGAACUCAACAUCCUGACUCCCUCUCUGCGCACCGUGGGGAACAUUGUUACAGGGACAGACCACCAGACCCAAGAGGCCAUUGAUGCUGGCAUGCUGAAUGUGCUGCCCCGGCUCCUGACACACUCCAAGCCCUCCAUCCAGAAGGAAGCAACCUGGGCCCUGAGCAACGUGGCCGCAGGGCCUUACCAGCACAUCCAGCUGCUGUUCUCCUAUAACAUAUUUCCUCUCUUGGUCGAGCUGCUCAAAACGGGAGAAUUUAGAGUCAAGAAAGAGGCUGUCUGGACACUAGCUAACAUAGCCACCGGGGGCACCAUGGAACAGUUAAUCCACUUUGUUCAUUCUGGAGUCUUAGAGCCACUGGUGAAUCUGCUAACCGUCCCAGACAACAAAUUGAUUAUAAUCAUCCUGGACAUCUUCACCUAUAUCUUCCUGGCUGCGGAGAAGCUUUCUGAAAAGGAAAAAGUGUAUCUUCUGCUAGAGGAAGUCAAUGGGGUUGACAGUAUCGAGGCCUUGCAAUUCCAUGAGAACCAAAUGAUUGCCCAGCGUGCUUCAAAAAUUGUCGGGAAAUACUUCUGUGAGGAAGAAGAAAAAGGCAUUCUUGAUCCAGCCCUGGACCAUAAAGGCUUAAAUCACGGCGGGUACAGCCCUUUUUCUAACUCAAUUCGAACCCUGAGCAUAAAGUUGUUUAAGAAUCUCUCCUAGAUUAUAGAGUGCC